UCAUGAUAACGUAGGCACUGGGUUGUUUUGUCUUUUCAUUUAAGGUUCUUGGUUUUCCAAGUGAAAUCAAAAGUUUUCAGCCCAUUGGGUGACAGGAAAAGCUUGAUUCUUUCUACAAGAAGAAAUUAACUCGGCUUAAAGAAAAAAGAGAGAUUAACUUUCCCUCCGUUGAAAUGUAGCUGACUUUUAUAUACAGGUAAGAGAAUUACUACAAAAAAAACUUAAGCUUCAAUCCCCCUCAAAAGAAGGUUCCACGGAGGGUGGAGUCCAGCUGACCUGAAGCUUUAUAAUAUUUUACUAAUAUGAAAAAGAAGGUUCUUAGAAGCGAAAAUUGUAGAAUUUGUUAAUGGAUACGCCUCUCUCCUCUAUCAGCCUCCACGCUUCGUUCCAAUAAAAGGCAUUUAGGUUCGGGUUUGUUUCUCUCAGGACUCACUGAUUUACCAGAUCCGAGUUCACCAAGUCUCAAUUUUGGGCACACUGGCGUUGAAUUUUCAUUCUCCAAAAAAACUGGGUUUUUUCUUGUAACUUCGAAAAAUUCCAGCUGGGCAACCAGUGGUUCUACUAAUCCCUUUUUUUUUCUGAGAAUUAGGGUUUCCAAGAAAAAAAAGCAUUGGAGGAACUAGUUCCUUUUUAGGGUUUGCCACUUGGGUAUAAGGAAAGUUUUAGUGUACAUUGAGGAAUUGGUUUGAAAUUGUUUCGGUUUUGUGCUGAUCUGGGAGAAUCCGGAAUUUGAAGGGGUAUUGAAUUGUAGACAUGUUCUAUGGUGCGGUGGUAUGGGAUCCUUGGCUUAUUGUAGCCCAAAUUGUUUGCCUUCAAUGUUUAUACUACCUUACUCUUGGAGUUUUCUUAUCGUUUCUUGUUGGCAUUCGCGUUUCUCGUAUGAGUUUGGUCUAUUUCUUUGACUUUGCAUCGGUUACUACCUCUACCGUUACAGGCUGGUGUGUCAUUGCUUCCUUUCUGCUCAGCUCAAUUGCGGGCGCUGGGUAUAUGCUUUAUUUGAUUGAAAGGGCAAAGAAAUGCUUAGAUUUUUCAGCCACACUCUAUAUUAUACAUCUUUUUAUAUGCAUCAUGUAUGGAGGUUGGCCUUCCUCAAUAACAUGGUGGGUUGUGAAUGGUACUGGAGUUGCAGUGAUGGCUUUGCUAGGUGAAUAUUUAUGCAUUAGACGGGAACUCAGAGAGAUUCCCAUAACACGAUAUCGAUCAAAUGUUUGACUGAUAAAGAAUCAGGUAUGAAGAAAUUCCUUGUGGCAUUAAAAUACAUUGUUUCCCAAUGCUUUGAAGGAUAUAAUUAUUUAAAAACCAAAUAUAAUCCGCAAUGAGAAAGAUGAAAGAGAGCAACCAUGAAAGUUUGGGAUAGUGAUGCUGAGGUGAUAUGAAGCUGAAGGCAUUCAUUUGGGUUUGAUCUUUGAGAACUGUUUUCAUAUUUUGGCUGCAUAGCUGAUUAGUUUUUUAGUUUUUUAAGUCUGCAUAUGAUUAGAUAAAUUUGGGGUUAUCUGACCUAAGUAUUUUCUUGAUCUACAGUUUAUUUAAUUACUUUUUUCCUUUUCUGCUUUCAAGCAUUUGCCACACAUGUUAAGUAUAAAUGAUGUGAUUUGCUUGUGGAUAAUAUCUUUGAUUUUAGGGUAAACUUCUAAAAUUAGAUAUUUUUAUUUUUGUUAAUUUGGUGACCGCUAUUAAUUAAAUUGAUCAAUUUAAUUAUUUUUUAUUUUUUCCUUAUUUCUUUCGUUCCUUUUUUUUUCUUACCUUUCUCUCUCCUCUCCUUUUCCCCCAUAUUCUUCCUUAAAUCCAACACACAAAUGCAAUGACAGUUAUUCCAAAUGAAAAUCCAGAAUGCUGAGCGGAAUGAGCAACCGUUGGUGUUUGAAGUGGCUAUGAAAGCAAUGUCGAUGAUGGAAAUAAGCAAAAUCCAUAUCAAUAACAACCCGUGUUGUGCGGUCUGCAAGAGCAAUUCUGGUUAGGGGUCAAAGUUCUUAAUAUGCCUUGGGAUAAUUUGUAUCAUUCCAACUGCAUACUCUCAUGGCUUCAAUUAUGAAACUCAAGCUUUGUUGCCACAAAUUACCCGCCAACGUUGACGGUAAUGAAGAAGCCGAAAUCGAUUGUGUAUAUUCAAAUUUGGGUGAGAUUCUAGCUGGGCUGAUUGUUUGGAGGUUACCCGGCAAAGGGUUUGCAAUGGAUAGGUUUCCAAGAAGAAUUAGAGGAGGCGGAGAGAAUAGAGAUUUUUUAAUGGUUUACACAGAAGUGGACGGUGGUUUUAGCGAUGGAGGGUUGCGACAAAGGGUUUCAUGGGUGAACCAAGGUCAUAAAGGGAGGCAAAAAGGACGGGUUUUUUCUUUUUUUCUUUUGGGGACUUUUUUUGUGAGAGGAUUGUCUUACUGGUUCAAGUUCUUCUAAUUUUAGGUUAGUUUCUAGUAUUUUUAAA